UAAAAACAAUAAAAUUAUCGAACAACAGUAACAAGCCUCUAUAAAAUAAGAGAAUCAAGAGACUCUCCUCACUCUCAUCCACUACUCCCUGACACCCCAGACAAAAAAGUCUCUUCCUUUCACUUCAAAGAAAGGAGGAGAGGAAAAAAAAGAGAGAGUGAAACACAGUCCUCGGAUCCUCUCUACAAUGGCGGAGACAAGGAGGUACAUUACAAAAGAAGAGCUUGAAAAGCACAACACAGCAGGAGAUCUAUGGAUCUCUAUACAAGGCAAGAUCUACAAUGUCACUUACUGGGCUAAUGACCACCCUGGAGGCCAGCUUCCAUUGUUGAGUCUUGCAGGCCAAGAUGUCACUGAUGCGUUUGUUGCUUACCAUCCAGGGACUGCGUGGAAAUACCUUGACAAAUUCUUUACCGGGUUUUAUCUCAAAGACUACACUGUUAGUGAGGUAUCGGAAGAUUUUAGAAAACUCGCUGCCGAGUUCUCAAAAUCGGGUCUUUUUGAGAAAAAAGGACAUGUGGUGUUUGUUACUCUUUGUUUAGUUGUAAUGAUGUUUUGUCUCAGUGUUUAUGGUGUUUUGUGCUCUGAUAGUAGAUCGGUUCGUUUAGUUUGUGGUGGGUUAAUGGGGCUUAUGUGGAUACAAAGUGGGUGGAUUGGGCAUGAUUCAGGUCAUUAUCAGGUUAUGAGUAGCCGUGGAUUCAAUUGUCUUGUGCAGAUCUUAAGUGGGAAUUGCCUUGCAGGGGUUGGUAUUGGAUGGUGGAAGUGUAACCAUAAUGCACAUCACAUUGCUUGUAAUAGUCUUGAUUAUGAUCCAGAUCUGCAGCACAUGCCUUUUUUCGCGGUAUCUUCUAAGUUUUUCAGUUCAAUUACUUCUUGUUUUUAUGAUAGGAAGUUGAAUUUCGAUUCUGUUUCUAGGUUCUUGGUUAGUUAUCAACAUUGGACAUUUUAUCCUGUAAUGUGUUUGGCGAGGAUUAAUUUGUUUGCGCAGUCUUUCUUGAUUUUGUUAUCUAAGAAAAAAUUGUCGACUAAUAGGGGCCUGGAGUUUUUGGGUUUAGUUGUGUUCUGGACUUGGUAUCCUCUGCUUGUUUCCUGCUUGCCCAGUUGGGGGGAGAGAAUCAUUUUUGUUGUUGCCAGUUUUAGUGUUACUGGGAUUCAGCAUGUUCAGUUCUGUCUGAAUCAUUUCUCAUCAAGUGUUUAUGUUGGUCCGCCUAGUGGGAAUAAUUGGUUUGAGAAACAAACUGAGGGAACAUUGAAUAUAUCAUGCUCGCCUUGGAUGGAUUGGUUUCAUGGUGGAUUGCAAUUUCAGGUUGAGCACCAUCUCUUUCCCCGUUUGCCUCGAUGCCAACUUAGAAGAGUCUCACCGUUCAUCAGGGAGCUUUGUAAGAAGCAUAAUUUGCCAUACAAUAUCGUAUCAUUCUGGAAGGCCAAUGCAAUGACCUUGGAGACUCUCCGGACUGCAGCCUUGCAAGCUAGGGAUCUUACCAAUCCUGUUCCUAAGAAUUUGGUGUGGGAAGCUGUUAAUACUCAUGGAUGAGAUAGGGGGCCUUGUGAAGCUUUAUGGAGUCUUGGCAUGGCUGUUAUUUCUACCUAUUUAAGAUUCUGAUCUGAUCUGGGUAUUGAUAGCUUCAUUCGAUUGAUGUCCGAGGGUGGUUAUCCUUGGUUUCAGUGGAAGAAUAAUUUAUCUGUCACUCCUUGAAGGCUUGAACUGGUUUUUAUUAUUUAAGCUGCAUGUUUAUGAGAUUGGUUCAUUUAGUUUUGGAUUAGGAGAAAAUCAUUCAUAAUCUUCACUGCAGGCUGAAGUAGUUCUCUCUUGUUUCUGCUCAGCAUCGCAGCUAAAGGAUUAGUAGAAUGUGGAGCGCUAUCUUCUCAUUUAGUCUUGCUUUUAGUAGCCUUCUGUGUGUUUAUUUUUAUUUUUUUUAUUUGAAGUCUUUAUUGGCUUGAACUCCCUUCAAGUUUUGGCUUGUUUAGAACUUCAUUAUUGUCAGAACCAAUAGUAAGUAAUUUGUUCAUUGCCAAAGUUUAACUUUGAAGAUGAGCCUUUCUUUCUUGUCUA